GGAGCCAGCUCUGGGAGGAGGGGGAAGGAGGCUGGCGGUGCGGCUCCCUCCGCUCCUUCGCUGGCCCUCACUGCCGGCUGUCCCAGCUCCAAGCACCAUGAUCCCCGCGGGGCCCCCCAGCCGCACUGUCGCCUGGCUCUCCCUCUCCUUGCUGCAGCUGCUGCUGCUGCUGCAGGCCGUCGGGAGGGGGCUGGGCCGCGCCAGCCCGGCCGGGGGCCCCCUAGAAGAUGUGAUCAUCGAGAGGUACCUCAUCCCCAAGGCCUGUCCCCGGGAAGUACAGAGGGGGGAUUAUGUGCGCUACCACUACAACGGCACUUUCGAGGAUGGCAAGAAGUUCGACUCCAGCUAUGACCGCAGCACCCUAGUGGCCCUUGUGGUGGGCGUGGGGCGCCUCAUCACUGGCAUGGACCGAGGCCUCAUGGGCAUGUGUGUCAACGAGCGGCGACGCCUCAUCGUGCCUCCCCACCUGGGCUACGGCAGCAUCGGCGUGGCGGGGCUCAUUCCCCCCGAUGCCACCCUCUACUUUGACGUGGUCCUGCUGGACGUGUGGAACAAGGAAGACACCGUCCAGGUGAGCAUCUUGCUGCGCCCACCCUACUGCCCCCGCAUGGUCCAGGACAGCGACUUUGUCCGCUACCACUACAAUGGCACUCUGCUGGAUGGCACCACCUUCGACACCAGCUACAGUCGGGGCGGCACUUAUGACACCUAUGUGGGCUCUGGUUGGCUGAUCAAGGGCAUGGACCAGGGGCUGCUGGGCAUGUGUCCUGGAGAAAGAAGGAAGAUCAUCAUCCCCCCUUUCCUGGCCUAUGGCGAGAAAGGCUACGGGACGGUGAUUCCCCCGCAAGCCUCCCUGGUCUUCCAUGUCCUGUUGAUCGAUGUCCACAACCCGAAGGACACUGUCCAGCUGGAGACGCUGGAGCUACCCUUGGGCUGCGUCCGGAGAGCCGUGGCCGGGGACUUCAUGCGCUACCACUACAACGGCUCAUUGAUGGACGGCUCCCUCUUUGACUCCAGCUACUCCCGCAACCACACCUACAAUACCUAUGUCGGGCAGGGUUACAUCAUCCCCGGGAUGGACCAGGGGCUGCAGGGCGCCUGCAUAGGGGAGCGCCGGAGAAUCACCAUCCCCCCACACCUCGCCUAUGGGGAGAACGGAACUGGAGACAAGAUCCCUGGCUCCGCCGUGCUAAUCUUCAACGUCCACGUCAUCGACUUCCACAACCCUGCGGAUCCGGUGGAAAUCAAGACACUGUCACGACCCGCUGAGGCCUGCAACGAGACUGCCAAGCUCGGGGACUUUGUUCGUUACCACUACAACUGCUCUCUGCUGGACGGCACCAAGCUGUUCUCCUCGCAUGACUAUGGGGCCCCCCAGGAGGCCACACUGGGGGCCAACAAGGUGAUCCAGGGCCUGGACACGGGCCUACAGGGCAUGUGUGUGGGGGAGAGGCGGCAGCUGGUCGUGCCCCCGCACCUGGCGCAUGGGGAGAGCGGAGCCCGGGGUGUCCCUGGCAGUGCCGUGCUGCUGUUUGAGGUGGAGCUGGUGUCCCGGGAGGAUGGGCUACCCACAGGUUACCUGUUUGUGUGGCAUGAGGACCCUCCUGCCAACCUGUUUGAAGACAUGGACCUCAACAAGGAUGGCGAGGUGCCCCCGGAAGAGUUCUCCACCUUCAUCAAGACUCAAGUGAGUGAAGGCAAAGGCCGCCUCAUGCCUGGACAGGACCCUGAGAAAACCAUAGCGGACAUGUUCCAGAACCAGGACCGCAACCAGGACGGCAAGAUCACAGUCGAGGAGCUCAAGCUGAAGUCAGAUGAAGACCAGGAGCGGGUCCACGAGGAGCUCUGACCGACCUGCAGGAAGCCUGGGUCUGGCUGCAGACACAAAGGCUCCUGCUGGGGGGACAGUGGCAGGGGCACCCCUCUGCUAGGAUAGCCUCUGGGAGCCAUCUGCAAAGUUGUCAGAAACAGCUCUGGUCUUUCCACUGGCUCUAGAUUACAAUCCACAGCAUAGACCUCUGUUCCAUUUUUCUCUUCCAGCUCCAGAUCUCUUCCUUGCAAUGGUUGGGGUUGCGAAGCCAUUUCCUCCAGUCAUUUCACCCUCAUAUGGGGAUGGUAGUCUGAGGUUGGAUGACACUAGACUUCACUGACACUCAGCAAGGCUGAGCUCACCACUUAUUUCCCGAAACUUCUUCCUUUGUAUUGCUCCGGCAUCCCCAGUCCCCACCAGUCCCCAUUCUACCAUGGCAGCUCCCUCAGAGCAGCAGCCAGGCUUGGGCGACCCGGCAGCCAGCCUUCCUUGGCUCUGGCUCUUCCUUCCCCACCUCUGGGGAGGGGGCAGCUCCAGAAGGCAGCCCUACCUCACCUGCCUGUCCACCGUUCUCACUUCUAACUGGCCUCCAGGGUGGGGGCAGCACUGGCCCCAGGUGCUAGAGGUCAGGGCUGGGCCUCGUGUAGCCUUUCACCCCUAAGGUAGGCUCCUUUCUCUAAGGAAGCAGAGAGGAAGAAAGAAGGUGUGAGGAAACCCGCUUAGAUGGGAGUUAGGACUCAAAGCUGUAGGUUCGGGCUGAGGGGGAGGGAGGCAGACUGCACACUCAGAAAGCUAAACUGGUGUCAGCUCCCUUCUCCUUUGUGCCAAAUAAAAGAUUAAAUCAAA